GCAGAUGUACCGCUGUGAACACUGUGAUGAGCUCUUCACAUCAAAGCUGGAGUUACGGCGGCAUCAGAAAUACUCCUGCAGUUGCAGCAACUCAAUGUUUGACUCACUAAGCGAAGACUUCAAACAGGAGCACGAAGACAGCGAUGAGCCGGUGCACGAGUGCAAAGACUGUGAAAAGAUCUUCCCUAGCGAGUACAGUCUCGGGCAGCACAUGAUCGUACACACAGAUGAGAGAGAGUAUAAGUGUGAACAGUGCCCCAAAGCUUUCAACUGGAAAUUCAACCUCAUUCGCCAUCAGAUGUCACAUGACAGUGGCAAGCGCUUCGAGUGUGAAAACUGUGAUAAGGUGUUCACAGACCCCAGCAACCUCCAGCGCCACAUCCGCUCUCAGCACGUCGGUGCCCGAGCCCACACCUGCCCUGAGUGUGGCAAGACCUUUGCCACCUCCUCGGGCCUCAAGCAGCACAAGCACAUACACAGCAGUGUCAAGCCUUUCAUCUGUGAGGUGUGUCACAAAUCGUAUACCCAGUUCUCUAACCUGUGCCGUCACAAACGGAUGCAUGCAGACUGCCGCACCCAGAUCAAGUGUAAAGACUGUGGGCAAAUGUUCAGCACUACCUCCUCCCUCAACAAGCAUCGGCGCUUUUGCGAGGGCAAGAACCAUUAUAAUCCCGGAGGCAUAUUCACAACGGGCAUACCAAUGACAUCCAGUCACAUUUUAGGCAAGUCCAAGUCUCAUCUUGGCUUGAACCAUAGUGGACUUGGCUUUGGGGAUUACUUCCCAUCCAGGCCGCAUCAUGCAGGUUUGCCCUUUUCCCCAGCACCCCCUGUAUUCCCAGCCCUUUCCCAUGGCUUCCCAGGAAUUUUUCCCCCAUCGCUAUAUCCUAGACCGCCAUUGUUACCUCCUAGUUCACUGCUCAAGAGCCCAAUUAGUAACAGUCAGGAUGGGAAGCUGACUCCUCUUGAUGCUCCUACUCUUUCUGCGUCCAUGAACAACAGCAAUGGCAAUGUAGGGAGUGGUCUCAGCAGCCAGUCAGAGGAGAAUCGAGAGUCCAAACUGGACUUGUCGUUCCACGACAACAAGAAUAAAGUGAAGAUGAAUGAAAUGUCUGAUGGUAGUGACUUGGAAGAUGUUAACACAUCUAGCGGCACAGAUCUAGACACCACCACUGGCACGGUGUCUGGCUCAGAUCUAGAAAGUGAGGCAGAAAGCGAACGGGAGAAGAGCAGGAGGAAACCAGUGCAGGAGAGCAAGCAGGACGAAGUGAGUAGCAGUUCGGUAUCUGUCUCCAGUACAGGGAACCUCCCUUGCGAGCGUCCUUUCCUCUCCUCCCAGCAUUCAUUUUUCCCACCGCCAGAGGAGCAAGCACUUCCACCCUCCGGGGCCACCACUGACUCCAUUAAAGCCAUUGCCUCCAUUGCAGAAAAGUAUUUUGGCCCAGGCUUAAUGGGCUUGCAGGAGAAGAAGAUGGGCUCCUUAAACUACCAUUCCAUGUUCCCUUUCCAGUUUCUGCCCAACUUCCCACAUUCCUUGUACACGUUCACAGACAGAGCACUCAAUCCUGGCAUGUUCUUCAAACCUGAGCCUAAAUCCCCUCGUGAGCACAUACAGAAAAUACCUACAGCCACUGGUGUGGAUUCACCCUUUGACCUAACCACCAAACCCAAGGAGGUCAAACCUCUUCCUCCACCCACCAGCAAACCAGCCUUGCCAUCCAAUCCCCCUUUGGCCCCUGGCGAGGAACAACCUCUGGACCUCAGCAUAGGCAGUCGAAGCCGAGCUAACCAGAACGGUGGCGCACAUGAACAGCGCAGGAAUCACGCCUAUGGCGCAAACUGCAAAGCAGCUAAAGAUGAACACCCAGCACUAACUCAGUCCCAGAACUUGCACCAGCCCCAGAUGCCUCAGCCGCAAGCAUCCCUUCCCCAGCAGCAGCCGUCGCUCCACUACGCCAAGCCCUCGCCAUUCUUCAUGGACCCCAUCUACAGCAGGGUGGAGAAGAGGAAGCUAAUAGACCCAGUAGGAGCUCUAAAGGAGAAGUACCUGAGGCCGGCGCCACUACUCUUCCAUCCACAGGUGUCUGCGAUGGAAAACAUGACUGAGAAAUUGGAAAGCUUUAGCGCUCUGAAACUGGAUGCUCCCAAUUCCCUCCAGCACUCCUCACACCACCUUUUUAACUUCCGCUCCCCGCCUCCUUCUCUCUCCGAUGCUAUCUUACGCAAAGGCAAGGAGCGAUACACCUGCAGGUACUGUGGGAAAAUCUUUCCCAGGUCAGCUAAUCUUACAAGGCACUUACGAACACACACAGGAGAACAACCCUACAGAUGUAAAUACUGUGACCGUUCAUUCAGCAUCUCCUCCAACCUCCAGCGACAUGUUCGUAACAUUCACAACAAGGAAAAGCCGUUCAAGUGCCACCUUUGCAAUCGCUGUUUCGGUCAACAGACCAAUCUGGACCGCCACUUAAAGAAACAUGAACAUGAGAAUAUUCCAGUGAGUCAGCAGUCUGGGAUCCUCUCGAAUUUAGGAACAAAUAUUUCCUCACCGAACUCUGAGUCUGACAAUCAUGCACUUUUGGAUGAGAAGGAGGACUCGUAUUUCUCAGAGAUUAGGAACUUCAUCUCCAAAAGUGAGCUGAACCAGGCCUGUAGCUCCUCGGAGAAAAGGUCAGAGUUGACGGAGGAGGAACAGCCUCAGAGUCACGCUCACACCACCUCAAAACUGGAGGAGGAAGAUGAGGAGAUGGAGGGAGAUGAUGAAGACGAGGAAGGCUCGUUGACAGAAAAGUCACAGGACGAGACGGCCUCUCCCGCCACUAUGGUGCAGGGCACCUACGACGAGGACGAGGAGCCGACCCCUCUCCCUAUGCCUUACGAACACACGCGCAGGCUUAUGCAAUGAUGCUCUCUCUGUCUGAGAACACCAAUCUGCAUUCAUCCUCCCAGAACUCCUUGGAUGCCUGGCUCAACAUAGGAGGAGGGCCAUCGGAGACGAGCUCCUUUCACCCCCUCAACAACAUCUGAGAACACCAACAAGAUAAAGGAGAGAUGGAGGGAGAAAGGAGGAGAGGGCAAGAGACCAACAUGAAGAUGCGUCAAAACGAGCUUUUGAAGGCCAGCAAUGCAACAGUAGACGAACCACCACUAUGCGCGCAAAGAGGAGAACGAACUGUUGAGUGAAUCACAGACGGGAGAGGUAUAAAAACACGAAUGAACUCACCGAAUCCCAGCCAUACAGCAUCUUUCCUGUCUGCAGCUAGCCACUAUAGUGAAGUUCCCUCCUCAUCAGCUGAUUCAAGAGGCAUUCGAAUGACUCUCAAAUCACCUCUCCACCUCAUUUUCAAUGAUAUGCAUUUCAUAGAGACUGCUCUCAAGGGGUUUUAACAUGUUCUCGGAGAAGCCCUGGAAGGCUUGAGUGGACAGGGUAGUUGAGUGUUUCUUCAACUGGAGAUUUGAACCGUUUCUACUCAGCAUUCCAUUCGCACGCUGAUCUUCUACAGCACUGUACCAAGGUUUCCUUUCUAUUAACUCACAGCCGAAGUCUUACGGUAGACCAUUACUGUAGACAUCAACGUUGAUUUCCAAUGGCAAUAGAAGCACUUAAGUCUAGCCCAUAACUAGCAUGCUAACUUUCCCCUGAAGGCUCAAUGCCGUUUG